AUGGUGGCCACGCUGGUGGUGGCCCUGCUGCUCCUCUGCCUGGCUGCGGGGACAGAGGCCAGCCCGGAGCUCAGCGGGUACCUACGCAAGGUGCUGCGGAACCACACGGUGCACACGUGUGAUGGGGAGCAGCUCCUCAUCCUGUGCCCUCGCAAGACCACCAUCAGCAUCCUGGGCGCCUUCUACGGGCGCCGCGUGCCCAGCCCCAACCUGUGCCCCAGCCCCGGCAACGUGUCCCAGGAGAGCACCGAGUGCAUGUCACCCACAGCCCACCUGAAGCUUCUGGCUGAGUGUCAGGACCAGCAGUGGUGCCAGUUCUCGGUGCACAGCCAGGUGUUCGGGCCAGAUCCCUGCCCCGGCACACACAAGUACCUCAUCGCAUCCUACAAGUGCCGGCCAGAUAACCAUCGGGUGAAGACAGUGUGUGAGAACAACGAGCUGAGGCUGCACUGCAGGCCGAAGUCCGUCCUGGCCAUUUACUCUGCACACUAUGGACGAUUCCUGAGGGGCAAACCUGAGUGCGAUGCCCCCAACGCUGGUGGACCCCAUAUUGAGUGCCUGGCCCCAGAUGCACUGCGGAGAGUUUCCAAGAAGUGCCACCGCAAAGGGAAUUGCACAGUGACUGCUGACCAGGCCAACUUUGGGGACCCAUGCCUGCCCGGCACGAGGAAGCAGCUGCGGGUGUCCUACACCUGUGUGCCCAAGCAGCUGCUGGAGGAGGUGGGCCCAGACACCUCGGAUCCCUUCCUGCUCUCAAACUACAUGCACGGUGGCUGGUACAAAGGGCCCAGGUUCUCCAGGCUCCGGGAAGACCGGAUGAUUUUUACUAGCUCCCUGGCAGCUUUUGCCCACCUCUGGGAUGUCCCUGAAAAAGUCGCUCUCUACUUUCUCUGCGGGGUGUCGGCAGGCCUCGCUCUGCUGCUGUGCAUCGUCAACCCCAAGGCUGCCUUCCUGCGGGAGGCCAAGGAGGUUCUGCUGGGCCCAGGUGGCCGCUCAGAGGCAAGCAGGACCAAACUGCGGGAUGAGCAGGAUGAAGACCUGCCUGACGACAGCUCCUCCGACUCCUCCUUCCGCCGCCUCACCCGCGCCUACCGUGCCACUGAGAGCAUCUUCGGCCCCGAGCUGACGGCAGCCAUGGAGGGAGCGGCCGAGCAGCAGGGCCGUGGUGGGGAGGAGAUCUGGAUGCCCAAGGAAUCCAGUCCCUACACCAUCCAGAAGAUCAAAUCGGCCACCAAGUGAGGAGGUGAAGGACGAGGUGCUUUGCCAGGUGCAGUGUUGGCUCUGUGCCCCCCUGGCUGGACGGUGAACCCUGCUUACUGGGGAAUGGGCUUGCUUUUUUUUAGCAAAUAAAAGCAGAAGCUCAGAGCUCAGGAAAUGAA